AUGAAAACAAAAACAGAAAAAAAACCAAAAAGCUUUCGGCAAUUCCUUCAAUUAACACCAAAGUUUUGUUGUUUACAUUCCGGGAAUUUAAUGUUUAAUGUCAACAAGAGUCAUGCUAACCAUGACGUGAACUUGAUAUUGAGAUCAGUUUAUGGUUGGAUUUCCCCCAAGACCGACUUAAAUUGCCUUCUUUGUCUUGCCAGAAGUUUUAUGAAACAGUAA